AUGGGUCUGAAGCAGCGGCUACAAGUGAAACAUGGAGACCUGGUCUCGGGGGUCGACUCCAAUGCAGAUCUGGACCCCAUUCCACGGAAUUCGCCCCGGCGGACCUGGGGGUGGGUCAGCUUGACUGGAUUUUGGAUUUCUGAAGCUUUCUCCAUCAGCAUGUAUCAGGUCACGUCUACCUCGGUGUCGAAAGGGCUGAACGCGGGUCUGGCGAUCGCGGCAGUGGUCAUCGGCCACAUGCUCGUGUACAUUCCAGUGGUGCUUGAUGGAUACGUGGGUUCAAUUUACGGCAUCAACUUUCCUAUCCUCACCCGUGCCAGCUACGGCAUGCGAGGGAGUUAUUUUGCCGUCCUGAAACAAGUCCGCGGGCUCGUCGCCAUCAUCUGGUUCGGCACUCAGACGUACCAAACCGGAGAAUGCAUCUCGUCGAUGAUAAGUGCCAUCUGGCCAUCGUUCGAGCACCUCCCCAACCACCUUCCCAGUUCAGGGCCUAUAACAUCUGCUCGGCUGCUCUGCUUCUUCCUGGCCAUUAUCGUCCAACUCCCACUUUUAUACCUGAACAUUCCUCAGCUCCGCUACCUCUUUCUCGUCAAGAUGGUUAUUAUGCCCAUCUUCGGCCUCACUUUGUUCAUCUGGGCUGUGGCGACAGCUCACGGCUUCGGUCCCGUCUUCUCCAAACCCAGCCAGAUCACCGACGGGACCCCGGUGGCCGUGGUCUUUCUGCAAUGUGUGACCAGCGCCAUCGGGCCAAAAGCCACUCUUGCUCUGAAUAUGCCUGACUUUACGCGCUACGCGCACUCGCCUCGGCAAAUUAUCUGGACGCAGGCGUUGGGUUUGAUCGUGCUCGUUUCUCUUUGUGGUGUCCUCGGUGCAACAGUCACCUCCGCCAGCGAGAUCAUCUAUGGGGUGCAGACAUGGAACCCGCUCCAGGUGGCUGCAUUAUGGAAUAACCGUGCCGCGCAGUUCUUUGCUGCGCUGUGCUGGUCGCUGGCAGCCAUAGGGACGAAUCUAUCUGCGAAUAGUGUAUCUUUCUCGAAUGAUCUAACGCUCUGGUUUCCUCGGUACAUCAACGCAAGACGGGGUGCGUAUGUGUGCGCGGUGCUCAGCAUUCUGAGCUGCCCAUGGUACAUCCAGAAUGAGUAUGGAUUCAUUCCCAUUAGAACCGCAAAUACUAACUUCUAUCCCAGCGCCGCAUCCUUUUCCUCCUUCCUAGGCGGUUACUCUCUCUUCCUCGGGUCUCUGGCCGGCAUCAUUAUAGUGGACUACUGGAUCAUCCGGAAACGACAGCUGCGCGUUCACUCACUCUACGACCCCCGGGGUACGCACUUUUUCACGUGGGGAUUCAACCUGCGCGCAUUCGCAGCAUUUAUCUGCGGGAUCGCACCGAAUCUGCCUGGUUUGGCGAAUGCAUGUGGACAGAGUGGCGUACCGGUCGGCGCAGUGUAUCUGUAUUCGCUCAGUUGGCUAGUGAGUAUUCUCGUGUCAGGGGGAGUGUACUGGCUGCUUUGCAAAAUCUGGCCGGUAGCAGUGGAUGACGACGAGGGAGGUAUCUGGGAGGCAGUAGAGGUUACUACCAAGGAACUAGAGAAUUCCACCCAAUGA